AUGUUUACCGCAAAUUACCUCAGUCUGAUGCGCGAUGCGUGGGAUGCCUGGCGGAGAGUGCACCUGUCUAACCUUUAUUUCUUCCAGCCCGAGUCUUCACGUCUACUCGAAGAGGAUCCUUAUCAAGCUGGGUACGGGUAUGGAGCACUCAACCAUGCUCAGCAGGUCAGCCAGCCGGAUUCGGAAUACGUGAGGCGUGAGAGGGAGGCGCUGGAAUCUAUUUGCCAGCGAACAUCUGACUCCGUCAUUGAUAUCUGGUCCCUCCAACCACAACCACACCUUCGACCCCAAGCAACCCUCCACACCCCUAUUGCGUCACCCGCUCCAUCACAAAAAGCUGAUAAAACACCCGUGGUAUCUACCCAUCGCACAUCACCGCCAAGCCGUCCCUCCUCCGGCGCAUCAGGAACUGUCCCGAAACACUGGGGUGAAGUUGUCGUGAACCCGAACAAGAAACGGUCUCGUGCCGACAUCAAAACAGAUGCUAAGGUCAGCCAUGAUGUGUUUGGAGUCUUGAACGUCACCUAA